CGCGGAAGUGAGUGACGCACACAGAUUCAGCCAGAGACUCGGAAAUAAACAAAACAAAUUAACGCCAUUCGCUUGGAAAAAGAGGGGGGCAGCCGGGCAGUGCCUUUGGGCACGACAGCUGUUUUAUUGGUCACGACGAUACAACGAGGUUCCUAAAUGCACUUGGAAAAUGUCUUUUGGCCAAGAAGACCCUGGUUAUACGUGUGAUUUAUUCCGUUUUUCCUCGACGUUUUCUGUAAAGAUACAUUUUGGAGCAAUGCUAUAGUGUACAAUGAUGAGCUUGGAAGCAGUUCAGCCUUUUUGAGACAUAAUAGCUGGCUGUGAUGAACAUGCCCCUGCAUCAAAUAUCUGUUAUUCCACGCGAUGUGAACUCAUCAAGAGGCUCAAGUGGAAAACAUAAGGAAAAAGACAAAGAAAAUAAACAGAAUGAGAAGCCAUUGGGCCAUUCUGCAAGCCGGUCAAGUAAUAUUUCAAAGGCAGGAAGUCCAACGUCGGCAAACACACCUUGUGGUUUUUCACGGACCUCUGUCACGCCGUCAAAUCAGGAUAUCUGCAGGAUUUGUCACUGUGAAGGCGACGAUGAAAGUCCCCUGAUUACACCAUGUCACUGUACAGGGAGUCUUCGAUUUGUACACCAGGCUUGCCUGCAGCAGUGGAUCAAAAGCUCAGACACCCGCUGCUGUGAGCUUUGCAAAUAUGAGUUCAUUAUGGAAACCAAAUUAAAACCAUUGCAGAAAUGGGAAAAGCUGCAGAUGACUUCAAGCGAAAGAAGAAAGAUAAUGUGCUCAGUAACAUUCCACGUCAUUGCUAUCACUUGUGUGGUGUGGUCCUUGUAUGUUCUCAUUGACAGGACAGCAGAAGAGAUAAAACAAGGUCAGACAAGUGGUAUUUUGGAGUGGCCUUUUUGGACUAAACUGGUUGUAGUGGCCAUUGGUUUCACUGGAGGACUUGUGUUUAUGUAUGUGCAGUGCAAAGUGUAUGUACAGUUAUGGAAGAGACUAAAAGCAUAUAACAGAGUAAUAUAUGUGCAGAACCGCCCUGAGACUAGCAAAAAGAUUGUUUUUGAUAAGCCAGCAUUGGUAGAACCGAACUUUGAAAACAAAGAGGUCUUGGCACUGCACCAGUCGGAUUCAAACUGUUCACCACAUACAGAGACUGAGGACUAUAGUGUGGAAAUUUUACAUGUUUGAAUUUUUUGUUGGAUCUUCCAGGUCCCAUUGUGUACUUUCUCCCUCUGCAACAUUCUGUUUAAGUUGUAUAUUCAAAGAAAUUCAAAUUCUAAACUGCUCCUUUUAUGCACUUUGGUGAAUCCAUAUUUAAAAAUGCCAGGAGAUUUGGAUGCGACUACUGCCAUUAAUUCCCCAUUUCUGAAAAGAGAAAAAUCCUGGAUGAUUUUAAACUUUUUUUCCCUUUUUUAUGUGAUUACUUGGAGAAACUUGAAGACAAUGUUUUAAGUCCAAAUUAUUACCAAUUUUACUCAAUGACUGUCAUUACAUGCCGAUCUUGGAUUUCUAGCAAUGUAAAAGAUUAUAUAGAGCAGCGUACAGUAAUUGCAGGUAUGAAAUAUCAUUCCAAUCAGUUUAAAGAAUUGAAGAACAAUGGCCAUUCUGAAGAAAAUAUUUUUGCUCCAGUGCUCAAGGUAUUGUUUUUGUGUUAACAUAGAAACUGUUGGUGCUGAUGAUAGUGUGGAACAGUCGGAGAGUCCGAAAUUAACUUGAAUUAGUAAAGAUAAUGAAGAAAAACCAAACAGAUUAGCAUAUGAAUUGUUUUAUGAUUUUUUUUUUAAACAAGUCUAUUUUAGAGUAUCACUAUUUAGAAUCUGUAUUAUCUUGAACAUUUCAAGUGUAAUUGAUUUUUUUCGGGCCUCGUUUCUUUAUUUCGCAUUGCCUCCUGUAUUUAAUGUGUAUUAGAAAAAACUAAGAUAUCUUGUUUCUCUGACAAUGCUUGUAUAAAAUUAGCAACCAUCACUAAGCAGCCCGUUAACAGGCUUAAAAAGAAAUUUGUUUAUUGUACUUUUUUUAUACAAAAAAAAAAAAAAAUCUCUUCUCCCCACUAGCAGAAACUCUUGAGAAAGGAGGCAGUGACGAAAUGUACCAAAAUAACAUUUAGGUACAAAUUAAAUACAAUUGUGUAUAUAGUUCUGAAUUGUUAUACUUAUACCAGCAUGUUGCCGGAUCCAUUAGAAAGUGACACUAAUGCAGCAAAGUCAAAUGGAGCCUUAACUGUGCAACAUUUCCUGUCCGUGCCAUGGAAUUUCCAAGGGCCUAAGACUGUCUGGAUCGGCUACAUCCAAAAGUGCAAUUACCCUGAAAUGAAGGUGAUCAUUUUGAUAUUUUGUAAAUCAUUGUGUUCUUUGUGCAUAUAGUAAUACACUUUUGUUUUUUUAUUUCUUAUGGUAGUAUUUAUAACUUUGGUGAAAAGUGCACUCGGGAGGAACGCGGUUAGGUUUAUGACAAAUUCAAAUUGAAUGAUGAAAUGCAUUGUUGUUGAUUAAAAUUGAAAUUUCAAAUAAUACCACUUUUUCCGUAAGUCUGAAUGUGGAUUUGUACAUUUUGUUAUCUAAUUUAAUUAUGAAUUCCUUUUUACUAGAAUGAUUUAUUGGUACAUUCUGAAUUACUUUUGUACCUCUAAUUUUGCUGUAUUGUUUCCUAGAUAUGUGUAAGUUAAAAGAUUGAUUAUUUUAAAAUGUUUAGAAUGAGACCUACUGUACCUGUCAAAUGUUUUAUUCCCUACUGAAGAAGCAUGAAACCACAAAAUGCAAUUCUUAAAAGCAUCUUUUUGAAAGGGAGCCUUUUUGUGCAAGUAGCUGGACCCAUUUAAAUUUGUUUAUUCCAAUAAACUGCACUAAACUAAACAGCAUUUCUUCUCAAAAAUGGAAAACGGCGAGAUCACAGUUUCUUCUAAGUUGUUGAUAUUUGGUUGUGAAACACUGGGCGCUUUAACUUUAAAACUGAAAUGCUGCAUAGUUUAAUAACGUUCACCCAACAUUGCACAUUCAUUGCUUUCUUUGUA